AGAUGGACCUCUGUGAGCUCAAGGCCAGCCUGGUCUACACAGUGCGUUUCCAGGGCAGCCAGAGCUGCACAGAGAAACCCUGUCUUAAACAAACACAAAACAAACAAAAGUGAAACUACAACAGAAAAGAUGUGUUGCAUAAAACACGAGCAUGGACAUGGCGGUCGUCACCCGUGCUUCUCCUUGCACAGAAUGUCGCCCAUAGAAGCCUCCCUGUACUCUCUCUGGUUAUUGUGUGAGAAUCUUCAGAGUGUGGUUCAGAAGUAUGGCAGACCUUCAUUUCCUGUGUCAGUGGACAACAUAAGAUAACUUGUAGUUCCUCAUCCAUCUGCUCAGCGGUUCUUUUUAGAUAUGUUUGUGUAUCUGUCUUGAGGCAGGGUUUCUCUGUGUAGCUCUGGCUGUCCUGGAACCCACUCUGGUCCAUGUACCACCACCGCCCAGCUAAAAUGCGUAUUUUUAAGUGUGUGUGCGUAUACCUGUACAAUGACACAUUGGUGGAAAUCCGGACACAUUCCAGGGGUCAGAUCCCACUUUCUACCGUUUGGGUCCUGGGGUUUGACCCUCGGGGGCCGGGCUGACAGAAGCAGGUUUAUUCUGUUUGAUGUGUCAGGGCUUCGUCACAGAACCCAGGACAGCCCUGAACGUGCGCUGCCUCAGACUCCAGCACUAGGAUGGCAGGUGUCUUUUGGCUCAAGUUUAACACAAUUGAUUGUUAGCUGUCUCCCAGGCAGCUUUGUAAGGAACCCUGACCAUUAUCGUAGUAUCUUCCAGGUUUAGGAUGCCCUGUGGGUGUGGAGCUCCCGGGGAGGAAGGCGUCCCUUGGCUCCCGCACACUCAGAACCACAGCUAAUGGACUGGGCUGUCCUGAUGUGGCCAUGGUUAAACAUGGCUUUGUAAGCAAACAGCCCUCAUGGAGACUUGAUGCUAACAGCCAUCACGGAGACUUGAUGCUAACUCCUUUCUCUUUUUUCUUUCAGUUUUUGAAAUACAGUCACAGGAAUUUGCAAAGAUAAUGCCCAGAGAAAUACCAGGGACCCUUCACUUUUUUUUUUUUUUUAAUCUAUUUUAUAGUCCUAGGGAUUGAACCGAGGCUUGUAUGCCAGGCCAGUGCUCUGACUCUGCCUGGCACCCCAGCUCUUCAGUUUUGAGACGAGGCCUCGCUGCAGAGCUCGGCUGGUCUUGAGAACGUUACACAGAGGUGUUCGUACAGUGUGCGGCUCCCGGUUUUCCUCUCUCUGAUGAUGAUGUUGGCGGUUCUGAGGCUCAGACCUGAGGCCCCGCACCCACGCUUCAGCUCCUCACUGACAUCCAGCCCAGCGUCUUCAUGACCUCACUCGGACCAUGUCCAUGAUCCUUUUCGCCAGCAUAGUACGGGUGAGAGACGGACUGCCCCUGUCAGCCUCCACUGACUUCUACCACGCCCAGGAGUUUCUGGAAUGCAGGAGGCAGCUCAAGACCUUAGCCCCGAGGCUGGCCCAGCACCCAGGCCGAGGCUCUGCAGCUGGUCGUGACUUCCAUGUGUAUUCCCUGUCGUCGGGGGAUGUGGCCUGCAUGGCCAUCUGCUCACGUCAGUGCCCAGCAGCCAUGGCCUUCUGCUUCCUGGAGGCCCUGUGGUGGGACUUCAUAGCGUCGCAUGACAGCGCCUGCCUCGGCCUCGCCUCCCGGCCCUAUGCUUUUCUCGAGUUCGACAGUGUCAUUCAGAAAACAAAGUGGCAUUUUAACCACAUGAGCGCCUCCCAGGUGAAGACCAGCUUCGACAAGAUUCAGCAGGAGCUGGAGUUACAACCUCCGGCAGUUCUGUCCUUGGAGGGGACAGGUGUGGCCAAUGGUGUGCUCAAUGGCCACACCCCAGUGCACUCUGAGCCUGCUCUGAAUCUGCGGAUGGAGCCGGUGACAGCUCUGGGUGUCCUCUCCCUUGUUCUCAACAUCAUGUGUGCUGCCCUGAACCUCAUUCGUGGAGUUCACCUCGCAGAGCAUUCCUUACAGGUUGCCCAGGAGGAGGUUGGAAACAUUCUGGCUUUCUUUAUUCCUUCUGUGGCCUGCAUGGUCCAGUGUCACCUGUACCUGUUCUACAGUCCGGCCAGGACGCUGAAGGUGGCGCUGCUGCUGGGCGUCAUCUGCCUGGGCAACGCAUACCUGCAUGGGCUGCGGAACGCCUGGCAGAUCCUCUUCCACGUGGGCGUGGCUUUCCUGUCCUCCUACCAGAUCCUGAGCAGACAGCUGCAGGCCAGGCAGUCUGACUGUGGAGUGUGAGGAGGGGCGCAGCCUUUGACUCUUGUCCUGGAAGUCCAGUCUGCUUCCGCUCCUGCUUCUCACCUUCUCCCCAGUCUCCACCCUGACACUCCUGAGGGCAGGGCCCAGGCGGGUGCUCUGAGGCCCCAGGGGUGCUGCUGGAGCCUCGGCACAGCCAGCCGAGUGCGGGCCAGGCAGCUGGAGCUUGCUCAGAGCGUCCCGGAUGGCCACAGUGGCGAUGUUUCAGCAUCCUAAAUCAAAUGAUAACUGCAAACUAGCUUCCAUAAUGGUAGUUUUAGUGGUUGGCAGUGUCUGUCAGGAAGCUCGGUAAAGCUUCGGUCAGUUUUCAGGGGCAGCAGCUUCAGCCAGCGUCCCUGAGAGUGUCAGGACAGGGUAAAUGAAAAGCUUGCAAAUAUAAGCUAGGUAAAUUCUGUUUACAUUUUUGAUAACUUGGGUUCGAUAAACUUUUGGAAUAUUUAAAUAUAUUUUGGAUAUAAUUGAACAUUUAAAUGAAGGCAAACAGGCUGAGGAAAUGCUGUGGAAGUCCACGUUUAUUUAAUUCACAGAGACUUUUUACAGUGGCGGGGCUCCGUGGAGACAGGUGUGGCUUCAUAUUUAUUUGCAGGAUCUACCUGAAAAUCUUAACCUGAGGAAGUAAUGUGUUGGGUCUGAGGCACAGAGGCGUAAGCAGAUGAGGUCUUCAGGAUCCUUUCAGUGGGGCGGUGUGCAGUGGGCAAUGCCAGGCUUCAGCGGUGCUUGGGAGACGUCUCGGGAGCCGUGGCCCUGUGUGCCUCCUCGAGAGGCCUCCCAAGUUAAUUACUCCUCUGCGCAUCCUAAUUGGACCAUGGCCUCGUUUUCUGGGCAGGAGUGGAGAGGUGUCAGUGCCCUGCGGCUGGUGUAGCUGACACUUGCUCUGAAGUGCGAAGGCACGCUUCUGAGUAAGACCCCUGCCUCUGUGGCUGCCUGGUGGCACAGAAGCCGUGUUGGGGUUCACGCUUGUGGCGUGUUCCUGGGAUACCGCUCCAACCACAGCGGGGGUGCCUGUGCGGCUCCAGAAGAAGUGAACACCCCCCCCCACACACACACACACACCAGUUAGCGAGUAGCUUGCCAUCUUAGGCGUGAGCUAGCUUACGUGACUCAGAAAGGGACGGGAGAGUCUGUCCAUUGUGAUUCCUCGUAAGAGAAUUUUCUAUUGUUAAUCAACUCUGCAGUGUCUGGGUGUGGAUGUCAUGUUGGCAACAUCCUUGGACAUGGACUUCAGCCUUGUGUCUUCAUGGGUCUCACACCUGUGUCACACACCUGUGUAAUUCUGUGUAUACUGUGCAGGCAGAUUUUCACUCCUCCUGAGAGAGAAUUUUGAAGUGGCUAAAGAGGAAGCCAGAGGGGGAAGAAAAAUCUUUUAAUUCAAAGCACAUAUUAAAAAAAAUUUAAAGUAA